GCGGGUGAUCAUCACACCUCCCUUCUCACUACACUUCACCUAUCAACCAACCACCAUUCCUACCCCAUAGCUAUCCUUCCAACUACUACACUCCAUCUCACCCAACCCUCACCUACAAGCCCAUACCCCAGUCCAAUCAAAUAACUCUACCUACCCACAUACAAUGCCUCACCUCGACACCGACCCCCAAAACCAACCCCCCAAACAACCCUCCCGCUGGCUCAUCCUCGCCAUAUCCAGCGGCGCCUUUGCAGCCCUGAACGGCCUCUUUGCAAAACUAACAACCGACACCAACACCACAACCCUCGCAACCACCAUCCUUCAAUUCUUCGGUGCCCAUGAACAUCAUCCCUUGAUGGUGUUGGUGAUUAGGGGUAUCUGCCUCGCCCUCAACGUCCUCUGCAACAUAAUCAUGUGGGCAUUAUUCACUCGGGCAUUGACGGCCUCGCCCUCCACCACCAAAGUGUCAAUUACUAAUACGGCGGCGAAUUUCCUGGUUACGGCUGUGUUGGGCAUGGGGGUGUUUGGGGAGAGAGUGGAUGGGUUGUGGUGGGUUGGAGCGGGGAUGAUGGGGGCGGGGUGUGUGAUUGUGGGGUUGAGGGAUCAGUAG